ACAGAAAAUGGAUUUGUAGAAAAUUCUCUCGUCAAACGGCGACUUGGAUCGAGAAAGGAGUGCUGAAACACUUCAGGAUUUUAGUGGACUGACAAUGUAAAAGAUUCGCGGUUACACUCAUGAAGUCCGUGGUUUUCAAACUAUCAGAAGGUCGAGGGGAAAUUCCAUCUUAUUUUCAGAUAAAAAAGUGUGAGUUUUCCACGGCCGAGGAGCGACUGGACUUAACUCUCUAUGCUUAUCAGAAGGCUUCGAGUUUCAUUGUUUUUUUGGUUUUAUGAUUUCUUCAAUCUUCGAAACUGUUCCGUAAAAGUAUGAUGUGGAAAAUCGCGUGGAUUUACCUGACGAUCUCUCUACUUAGAAUAGGCGCUCAAGGAGAAGAGAGCUCUCGUGUAAUCGAUGUCAAAUCAGGCUCAGACGUCGUUUUAGAAUGCAACGUAGCCAGCAGCAAUAACGUCGAACUUAUCAACUGGAGGCUUAACAAUUCCAAAACUGCAUUUUUCGUUAAAUUCAUGAAUUUCAAGCCUUUUAUAUCAGACCAAUUUACAGGGCGGCUGCAUAUUGUCAAUCAGUCCGCCAUUCUUAUUUCUCGAGUAAGUCAGAAAGAUUCAGGGAUAUAUCGAUGUAGAACAAUGAUGACUUCUACCUCGGGUGGAGCUGGGGUAUUUGAGCAAGGAAUUCCAAUAAAACUUAACGUCCAAGUUCAACAUCCAUUCUUCCAUAAACUUCCAACGGAGAGGGUAAGCUUGUUUGAAGACUCGUCCAUUAAUCUUGAAUGUCGUGUCGGGGGAAUUCCUAAGCCUAGAAUUGAAUGGAUUCGACUGGAUAAUGAGCUACCAUUGCAAAGAACGACGUAUAAUCCAUCUGGUUGGUUGACUAUCAAUGGAGCAAAAGCAUCAGACGCUGGCCGUUACAUGUGCUCUGCAACCAACGUAGUUGGCACUAUCGACUUUGAGUUCGACGUUGAAGUCAAACGUAUUCCUCAAGUUAUUCCUUCAAAUCGUAAAACCACGACCGAGGGUUUUCCAGCAGUCUUGGAUUGUAACAUAGAUUCCAGCAUCUCAACUACAAAUGCACGGUUCAUCUGGACUAAAGAUGGGACGGACAUUUCAUCAUCACCAAGCCCCGGAAUUUCCUUGCUUGUUGGGGGGAAACUCUACAUCAAAAACUGCAAUAGAAAAGACUCGGGAGUUUAUCUAUGUACAGCCAGAACCCUUGAUCCAACGGGAUCCAGUAUCCUUUCCUAUCAAGGACAAAGCGUUUUCCUCGAUGUUCAGUUCCCUCCAGAUAUCAUUCUCAUUGAGGACGUAGUUUCAGCCGCUCAAGGCUCAGAUGCAAGAUUACCCUGCGUAUCCAAAGCCAAUCCUGGUACAGUAUCAACCACAUGGUCACUUGCUGGACAGGUACUCAAAAAGCCCAAGUAUGAAAUACUUCAAGAAGGGACUCUUCUUGUACGAUCGAUAAAGACAUCAGAUGCGGGGACUUACACUUGCACACCAUCAAACUCUAUUGGAAAAGGGAAUUCGAAGUCUACAAGGCUUGUCAUUACGAUUGUCCCACGUUUCACGCGAGUGCCACAAAGCGUCGAACAAAUUCGCGUCGGUAAGACGAUAAGUCUGGUCUGCGAUGCUGUAUCUAAUAGAGGGUUACCAGUGCAGUUGACAUGGAUACGUGUCAAUGGGCCACUACCUGUGGGCCGGUCUAAAGUGGACGGUGGCCGCAUAACUAUUACUGAUAUCCAGCGUGAUGAUUAUGGAGAAUACGCUUGUCUUGCAUCAACUAAAGAAGGAACGGCGAAGCACUCCACUACUGUAACAGUAAUCUCAACUCCUGGUGCACCUAAUGUCACGGCGAUUUCCAGGUCUGGUACAGCAGCCACCAUCUCUUGGAUACCUGGAUAUGACGGAGGCUAUAUACAGACCUUUGAACUUUGGUACAGAAAGGCAUCAGACACUGACUUCCAGUGGAAAUCCAAUCGUAAACUGCCAUCAAGCACGACGACCUACACUCUAAGUGAUCUUGAGUUGGGUGUUAAUUACUGGUUUGCUGUGCGUGGGGUCAAUAGAGAGGGAGCUGGGGGCUUUAGCUUGCCCGCUCUUUAUGACAAAAAUGGACCACAAAUAGUGCCAUUUUUGCCUGAAAAACCUCUUCCCCCAACCAACGUCAUAGUCAACAUUACAUCUGAAGGUUAUUAUGUAUCAUGGGAUCACGAUCAAGUGCCAGGACGACCUUUAAUAAAAAAUUUCGUUCUUGAGUAUCAUAAGAAGAACUCCUCUGCUGCCUGGACAAGAGCAGACGAGAUGGUCAAUGGCGAUCAAAGGGUCUAUCUUCUUAGAGCUGAUUUAUUUGAACCUGAAUCGGAUUAUGAAUUCCGAGUGUAUGCUUAUGCUAAAAAGUUCAGUGAGCCUGCCUAUGCUUCCAAGACAUAUGUGAUAGCUCCGCCUGUCGUUAGUCAAAGAAAAACUGCCAAUAACGUGAUUCCUAUCGUAGCUGGUGUCCUUGGGUCCAUUGCUUUUAUCCUACUGCUCUGUUUGUUGUGUUUCUGCUUUGUGCAAUACAGUGCAAGAAAGAAACCUGAAGACAAAGCGUCGAAAAAGGUUCAUUUUCUUCUUCCAGACAGUAGUAGAUCUUCCCAAGUUCAAGAAGGAGACUUAGACGUUGAUUUUAAUGACGAAGACAUCAAGCUCAGGCCAGAAACAGUAAGAUUCGUUCCAGAUAAAAGCGAUGACAAUGGUAACGGUAAACACUGGCGACGAAAGAUUACGAAAGAAGAUGAUUUCUUAAUUCUCUCAUCGUGUGACCACGUAUUUGGUGGCAAUAUGAUAAACUAUGCCGAUGGGCCUUCGGAAGCCACUUUUACAUCCCCCACAUCGCCUACAGAUAAGGUAAAGUUCUUUGGAGAUGUCGAAGAAAAUGGCUGGUUUAAUUGUACAUUAUCAAGGCCAGCUUCAAACGAAGUGCGUGACUCGUACGAUCAGUUCUGUCGAUCUCCAAGUGACGUGGGGUCACGUGAAUCACUUGAUCGUGUUGCCCAAAAGCGAGCCUUGUAUGAACACAAAGGCUCGAAGAUUCAUUUGGUCAAGAAGUUUGACUCUAACUCAAGCCUUCAGUUUGAUAAAGGGAAACAACCCAUACGAGGUCCACGGUACAAAAACAUCGAUGAAAACCUACCUCCAAGGCCUGAUGUACCUCUGAGGCAGUCGAAGAUCCAUCCUCAUCACUGGUCUUCUCCUGCAGUGUAUACCAAUCUUGGUGACUUCAGAAGCAAUCAAGGUAACGUAGAUUCCGAUUCUGAUUCGGUGGGUUCGUUAGGCCGCAGACGAAGGCGAAUGCAUCGGCCUUCUUCUUAUUACGAAGGAUGUGUAUCCCAUCAACCGGAGCUUAAUCCGAUCACGGAACAAGAUUCUGAGACCAAUUUAAAGUGUUCCUGCGACGAUGGGCAACCGCAUCAAGAAUCUCCCAAGUCAAAUGGACUUGUUGAAGGUAGCGAGAGCUCGUAUCUUCACCUGGAAAGAACUGAUUCAUUAAAGCAAUCAUAUACUGAUGAAAUAAAGUCAUGGGAAGAAGACUCUGAAGGGUCUGUUGGAAAACCAUACGGGCCACAUCCUAAGGACAACAUAGGAACCUUGAAGUCAAUCGAGAGUGACUCUGAGAACAGCAUCUCUCCAGCGCAUUCACUUGUUUCACUCACGGAUUCUGACGUUGACGCAGAUAUUGCUCGCAAUAUUGAGAAGGAUACUAUCGAUAGCAGACGACUGUCGUUCUCUGGAGAGCCUGAUCGCUCUCAUUUGUUCCGUGCCGUGUCGUAUAUCAAAUCAAUGGAUACAGAUUCAGAUGUGAGCGAAAAGGAAGAUCCAAAGAGCAAACUAUACGACCUUCCACAUUUAGCUGUCAAUAAUGUAGCUACGGUUUCGACCUUAAAUGACUCUAUGUAUUCCGAUUCGAUGGAUCAGUUGAAAGCUUGCGAUCCUUUCUACAAGCUUAAACCCAUAACAGUCUCUCGCACACCGUCGAACGCGUCUAGUGGUAUUUAUUCAACUCAAGUUUCCUUGAGUGAAACUAAUAGCAUAGAUUCACCAGCCGUUCACCGAAGAAACACCAAGCCAAACUCAAUGCGAUCCAGUGCAACAUCUUCAAGUGGAUUUGAAACUUCUUCGGCACGUGGAAGCCUUGGAAGCGAAACAGGACAAUGGUACGAAGUUGGGAAACCUUAUUCUUCACGGAACUUUCCGAAACAACGGUUUCCUCAUUUAGAGGAGCCUUAUGAAUGGGAUCGUGAAGGAACUGGAAGUGAAUUUGAAAGCGGUAGUGAGACCGGGGGGUUCUCGUUUAAGCCUAACAUGAUCGCUAAUAUGCGGCACCUUUUAGAAUUGCAAAGAAAACUGGGUAUUGAUUUGGAGAGCAGCGGAAGCUCCAAUGAGUCGCUAGUCGAUAAGAAAAUCGACCAAAUAGUUGAACCUGAAGCAGUAAACGGCUAUGAAAAUGAAGGAACUUCUAAAUACCAUGUCGAUAACUACACACUGGAAGAGAAAGACAAGAGAUGCUCUAAACUUAUGGAUGAAUUUAAAGCAAACAAAAAGGUACAAGACGAAAAACUAAACGGUARUAUGAUCUAUCAAUCCUGGGAUCUAUAGAAUAUGUGCUUAUUAGUAAAUAAUAUGAAAUAUAGAUAGUAUUUAAUUAUAGAAUUAGAUAAUCAAAAAACUAAAGAAUGUGUGACUGACAGUCAACGGCAAAUGUACGAACAUGGUUUUUCUUCUGAGAUAGUGAACAUGGUGCAUUGUGGUCUAACUUGGGUAAAGGACAUAUUUUGUUCAUCAUGCCUUAUAUGGUGAUGUUUGGUGAUUACCCGAGCUAGACCAUAAUGCAUCAUGUUUAUCGAAUUCAGAAAAAGCCUUGUUGCAUGCACUACUGAUGCUUAUAAAAAAUCCAUACUUGUAGACAAAUGUCUCUAGUUCGUAGAAUAUAUUGAUCGAUAAUUAGCCGUGUAGUAAGCACUCUCCUAUAAUCGCAGACAGUUUUCUUUAUAGUUGUCAUCGUUAUACCAUUGAAGAAAGAUUUUGGUUUGUAAAGCAAAAUUCCUUAUGUUGAGAUCCUUGGUUUUUUAAACUCCAGUUGGAUUUACGCUCAACCAGUUCAAUACACUCUCGCGCAAUCGCGUCUCACCUCUGGGGUCAGUAGGUUCGAUACGUGGACUCGGCAUCACAUGAAUGUACAGUCCUUGAUUUGCCCUUGAUUUGAAAGUUUUUCUCUAGGUUUUCUAGUCUUACUUCCUCCGCAAAAAUUGCAAUUUAAUCUGUGAGUUACCCGUGCCCUGAUUUUCAUCCGUCCAGAAGUUGUUUCAGGGUAUAUAUAAAUUCUUAAGGUUUACACGUUCAUCCAGUUUCGUCCCACAUCAUAUACUAAGACCCUUGCCUCACUUGACCGAUGGAAAAGGAAAAAGCUAAAUCCAACUAAAGUUUAAAAAGCAAGUGUCACAAAAUACGGAAUUUCGCUCGGUAACCUUGGUUUUUCGUUUUACACACAAUCUGUUUAAAAUUCCGUACCUCACCCCACCAACCAUUUGACAUCAUUGUCUUCAUAUUCAUUUACAAAUUGCACUUCACCUACCCCACACCCCCUCAGUCGUGAUAUUUAUAAGGGGGUCUAGUCCAAUAAGAAAUAUAUAUUUAAUUAUAACUGACUGGAAGAGUCCAAUGUUUCGAGUCGAAACUAUUAACCGCUUAUUAAGACAUAAGCCUUCCCAAGAGGAAAGCAUAAAACCACGAUAUGCAUCUAAGUUCGUUAUUAAUUUGUGUCUUGAAAAGAAUAUGUAAUUAUAAAGACGCAUUAUCUUAUUCUUAAAACGCAUUUAAAGUUUUUUAUUUUCUAUUUUUUGUACGUUUUUACUUGGUUUUCAUAAUUUAGAUUGAGUUUUUAAUGUUAUGGAUGUUGGCUUGGUGUCGCUUUUGUGCCUUUCAUUUUGAAGUAUAAUUCUUAACCAUUGGUUCUCGAAGGAGAAAAGACUAUCUUUGGUCGUUUCUUAACCUCAAGUCUCUCAAAAUGAACAGUGCAAAUGUGGACAUCAGUCUUUUUGUCGGUAAAUGCAGUUAAAAAUGCUAUAUUUUAUAUAAUCUCAAGCUAAAAUAUUUUCUGGUCGCUAUCAUUUACAAUUUACCGUUAAAGUGGACAAACGUCGCUGUCCUUCAUUUGAGCAAAUCUUGUUGCCAUUUUGGUUAUGUAAGUUUUGUCAGAUUUGCUCUCCAAAAUAUGACCAAAAUGUCACCUCGACCUAUUGUAAAAAGGUUUAGAAAUAAUUUAGAGAGAAGCCUAACAUAAUAAGUCGUUACUCGCGACAUUAAGCACAAAUCGAAGCGUGCGGCGAAACGACGACCGGUGACGGCGCAUGCGCAGAGCGGAUAGGGGGUGCUAGACCUUGGAAACAGUUGCCAUGGAUAUGCUAUUCCCGCAUUUUCGAGGGUAUCCUAGGCAUAGGCGCUUAAUACAACGGACCGUUCCCUAUAUCUGCUUCAAAUGCAUGCUUUCAUGUCGUGAACUGGAAAAUAUGACUAUAGCGUGGAACAGUUCGGCUCCAGUAAAAACUCAUCUUCUAGAAGUUGUGGUACAAAAUCCAGCCUGGCAGUAUGUGCGUGCUGGUUCACGUCAAUCACAGGCCAGUUGGAUUACGUACCUGUGAUUUUGAUAUAGGUUCAUUAAGGUUUUGCUGGAUGAGUCAGUCUCGAGAGAGCCGAACUUCCACUUUGCCAUUUCUUGAUUUUUCGCGCUUUGUAUUAGAUAAAUUAUGUAAAUAAAAAUGCAUUGUAACCCUAAUUUUUAUAUUAAGAAAAAUAGUCCUAUAAAAGUUUUGUUUGGACCAACAAGAUAAAGCGUAAUUAUAUAUAUUUUUAUGGUUCCUAAAAUACUUAGUACGGUUUAGAUUUAAAGACAAUCUGCAUCGCGAAAGAGUCCAAAAACUUGAAAUUGUUGUUGUUAAGGCUUGAUUUUCACUGUAGAUGCAAAAAAUAUAGGACUAGUAGCCCCGUCUAAAACCAACCCUCACUCCACCCCCUGAGGAGGGGCAAGGAAAAGGGGUUGGUUAGCAGUAAUGAUAUGCAGGCUCUUGCUAUAGUUAAGUUUUUGCUUAACAAGUUGAUUGCGAUUUCCAUUGAAAAUCAAACUUGAUUCAAACCUCAUGAUCAUGACGUAGUGUAAAGUAUUAGAGCUAACUUGUGUGUCGUCGCUUAUUACACAUAAUUUAGUCUUGUUAAUUCAAUUUUGUAGCAAUUGCAGUUUGUGUUGAAACUAUUUAUAUAAACCCUGUGUAAACGAGGAAAUGUUUCAACGGAAAUAUUUUAGCUUGAAUCUUGGAAUUCCUUCGUCGGGUGCGCAACAACUUUUUUCUCCAAAUCAAAAUCUUCAGACGCAAGUGGCUUUUAAUAGUUUUUUUAAAUGGAAAAACGUUGACCCCGGCUUUUUCACGCGCGCGUGAAUGAAAACUUCAUUCAUCAAAAACAGAAACCAAGAUUAGAAAUGAUUAUCGGUGUGCGCAAGUUCGUUUCCUUGUUUACCGAGGUCUUGCAAGCAUUCUAAUGCAAAAUCUUUAGUGCGACACGAGUUAACAAAUACAACAGUACGUCAAAGUAGUUCAUCUCGUAAUAUAUCCUAAUCAUAUAUUGCAUGUAAUUUAUUUUGAUUGACAGUUGCAAAGUUAGUUUUUAGCAAUGUGCUGAUAUUGGUUCAUGUUUAGAAAUAAAGCAGCUUAUUUGAAAAGUA